AUGCGCAGUUGGGCAGCGCCAUCGCGUGAUUUCCCAAGAUGGCGUGCGGAGCCAAGCUCGAGCUGCGGUUGCACAGUUGUCGAUGUGACCUGGGAGACGUGGCUCACGUCGAGGUAUCUCAGCAGAGCCUCCAAUGGCUACGAAGCAGAUGAGUACGCGAACCAGAGGCAUCAGUGUGAAAGCAAGACGUACGGCGACUUGUCCGUCAAGAUAUGCUCUGAAAAGACUGAAGUGGCAUUAACGCCCGGGCUGAGAACUCUGGGGGCGUGGGCCAAGCCUGCCUUUCCAUUGGAAAAUAAGACGUGGGUUCAGGCGUACCGGGUCCUGUGGUUCACGGGCCUCCUCGAGUCUAGACUCAUGAUCUGCCGGUGGCUCUCGAUCCGGGGCCGAUCCAAGAUGCACUCUUGGAAAGUGUAUCGCAUCCUCCUUUCACCAGCUAAGCAUGCAUCGCACGAGAUGGCCCAGGUGAAACAAGGUGCAACUCCCCCACCGCCAGGGCGGACUCCCAACUUCGAGAAUCCGGAGGACGUUCUGCAUACGAUCAACCUCGUCUCGCAAAUUCUCUCAGUAGCUAUCGUCACGCCAGUUGUAUCUCUCCGGCUUUACAUAACAAGAUGGAAGAACGAAACUCCCUUCCGGAUAGAUGAUUGGAGUUGUCUUAUUUCCCUCGUCCUGAGCAAUCUGUAUAGCUCUACAGCUUUCGCAAUGAACGCUUUUGGCGGAGGAUUUCACUCCUGGGAGAUCUCGUCGGAGAGGUUCUCGAAUUUCCUCAAGGCACUCUAUGCAGAUACCGUCGUGUACGGCCCCAAUGCGUGGUUUGUCAAAGUGACACUACUCCUCGUCAUGAUCCGCGUUUUCAAUGUCAGCCGCGGCUUCGUCAUUUUCGGGUACUCCUUUAUCGCCGCUAUGCUGGGAUAUUAUCUUCCCGUUAUGAUCAUCAAAAUCAACAUCUGCCGACCGAUAAUGGGAUUCUGGAACUUGGAUGUACCAUCUCAUUGCUUCAAUCAGAGGGCUAUCUUCGUGGCUGAUACUGUCAUCAGCGCGGUCACGGAUCUGGUGGUGUUGCUGGCACCGAUCCCACUCAUUGGGUCGCUGAGGAUGCCUUGGAGGCAAAAGAUGAAGGUAUAUCUACUUCUGGGAGCGGGCGGUACUGCCACUGCGGCGAGCUUCGUGAGGAUGUAUCUGGUCAUCAUGCUCCAGAGGUCAGACGAUCAGACGGUGGACUUUGUCAGAUUCAACUUGCUCGGUACUGCGGAAUUCGGCAUGAAGACGCCCAAGUUCCUACAGAGAACAAAACGCAAGAGGCCAGAGGAAGAUCUCACAUGGACGCCAUUGGAACCGCUAUCCCGAACGUAUCAAUCCAAGUCAACAAACACGGAGUACCGGUGGAUUUCUGGGUCACGAGAACAGUUGGCGGAAGGCUCUCCGAAUUCUUGA